AUGGAAAGGUUCAGUAUCGUCGAAGCAAGCAUCGAAGAUCACCGACGGGCGCUUGUCGGUGGAACGACUACAAGCGUUGAACUUGUUGUGAGAUAUCUGAUUCGGAUCGCCACUUAUGACUUUCAGGGCGGCUUGCAUGCCUUCACCGUGAUGAAUGACAAAGUGCUGGAGGAAGCCCAAGCCUCUGAUCGGCGCCGCCAGUCAGGCUCAAGUCUUGGGCCACUAGAUGGAAUACCAUACACUCUGAAAGACAGCUACAAGUACGCCGGAUUAACCGUGAGCAAUGGUUCUCCGGCGCUUGAAGGAUUGAUGUCGAGUGAGGAUUCCUAUGUCGCAUCAAAACUACGCGAAGCCGGCGCGAUCAUGAUAGGAAAGACUAACAUGCCCCCAAUGGCAGCCGGGGGAAUGCAACGGGGUCUUUAUGGUAGGGCCGAAAGCCCCUACAAUGCUGAAUUCCUCACCGCGGCCUUCUCUUCAGGCUCAUCAAAUGGCGCCGCUACUUCAACCACAGCGAGCUUUGCGGCCUUUGGAAUGGCUUCUGAAACUGUCUCCUCCGGAAGGUCACCCGCAUCCAAUAACGCUUUGGUUGCAUACACCCCUUCGAGAGGCAUUAUUUCUUGUGUCGGACUCUGGCCGCUUUACGUUACCUGCGAUGAUGCGGUCCCAUACGCACGCUCAGUGACGGACAUGCUGGCCUUGCUGAACGUAAUCACCAAACCUGACCCAUCAAGUGUUGGAGACUUUUGGAGAGAUCAACCACACGUCCAACUUCCCUCGAGCCAGAACAUUGACUAUACAAACUUACAAGAUAAAGCAUCACUAAAAAAUAAACGCAUUGCAGUUCCCAAACGAUACAUUGGGGGAACUGAUUCACACCCUAAUGCGAAAAGCACCACAGUGAGUCCCGAAGUCAUCAGCCUGUGGACACAGGCUCGUGCCGACCUUGAAGAGCUUGGUGCGACGGUAGUCGAGACCGACUUCCCCUUGGUUUCAAAUUACGAGGACGAUUCGAUUUCAAACGAGGCAAACAAUGUGGUUGGAGCACCAUCAUAUUGGAAUUCUACUGAGCGCGGUGUACUUAUCGCCAAGGUUUGGGAUGACUUCCUUAUUGCAAACAAGGACGGCAAGCUUAGCGACUUGACCAAGACGGAUGCAAGCCUACUGUUUCCCAAACCUCAAGACUACAUUCCAGAUCUUUUCGUUGAAAAGAAAAACCUUAUCAGCUACGAAGGCCUUCCAAACCUUGCACAGGCCAACAAGGAAACCUCCCUGUUUGACCUUCCUGGUUUAGAACAGGCACUCAAGGCUUUGGAAGCGCAGAGGAAACGGGAUCUAGAGCAAUGGAUGGAUGAACAUGGUUUUGAUGUUGUGGUGUUCCCAUCUGCGGCAGAUGUGGGCAAGGCUGACCUAGAGUUCAGUGUGGAGAGUGCUGAGCAUGCUUUACAGAAUGGUAUAAAGUAUUCAAACGGCAACAGAGCAAUCAGGCACUUGGGCGUCCCUACUGUCAGUGUCCCAAUGGGGACGAUGGCUCAGAAACAAAUGCCUGUCAAUUUGACAUUCGCUGGAAAGGCAUACACCGAUGAUAAGCUCCUUCAAUACGCUUACGCGUACGAGCAGAAGAGCCUCAAGCGUCGGCCUCCUCCACUAACUCCAGAGCUGUCAACGGAUAGUAUUUCCCGGAAUCCAUCCUUUCUAUCCGGUCUGCAGAAGGAGCAGAACCUCAAGAUAAGCGCCUCAGCGGAGAGGAGCGCCGUUGAUGGAAACACUGUCAUAGAGGUUUCAGGUAUCUUAUCGGGAGCGGUUACACCUAAAAGACUCCAGGUAUACUUGAACGGCAAGCCUUUGCCACCAGUAGAGUCAGGCAAUGGGCCGUGGGAAGUGUCCGGAACUUGCGACGACCCGAACAGAGUCCGGCUUUCCUAUCUCUUGAAGCCAAUGAGCACACCAAUCAUGGUGUUGGUUACCGUUUCCCACGAGGAUGCCAUCCUGGCUGCGGACAUUUCGUGGGUGUAG